GACUAUCCAUUGGAUAUAUCCCCACUACACCUGAAAAAUCCGAGGUGUUCCCUUGCCUUUCUUCCAGUACCUCUCCAGUUCUUCCUGCGUUACAUCAAGACCCUCAUCCAGCUGCUGACUCAAUUGAUCAUUUAUAAUCAGAGUAACGAUGCAAUAAUGUGCGUGAAUAGUUCAGUGGAUUGGGUGUUGAAUAAAUCGAAAUCGAUAUUGCGGCAUUGAUUCCAGGCAUUAUCAUUUGGAUUUGCCUUUGGGUAUCUCACCAGGUGGGAGAAGGAAUUUUGUGGCGAAAUCGUGUCGGUGGUGCAACAGCGCUGGAGUGAUAGUCUUGUGAUUUUAUUAUUUGUAGUUUUUUUUUAAAAUAAUUGAGCAAGAAGAUGCCGUGUUCAGCAGUGACGCUGUCUUUGGCAACCAUAACCGGCAUUAUUGCCACUGCACUUCUGUCUAUUGCCUUUGGCACGGAUAACUGGCUCUAUACCGAGGUCAAGCGUGCCCAAAUACAGCAAUAUGCCUCGAAAAAUCCUGACCAGAGUCACGUGGUGGAGCAGAUGAACAUGAAAUUCUUCUACUACACACGGACCCAGGGCCUCUUCAGGAUAUGUUACCCCAAGGAGCGUCCACCAACAGUGCAAACCUAUCUCAGCCCUGUUGAGACCCAUUGCAUGAACAUCGAUUAUUUCAUUCCUGAUGAGGAUAAUGAGACGAGAGGAUUCUCAGAGGACGCCAUGACUCGACUGCGUUUAUUGAGUGCCUGUGGCAUGGGACUCUGGCAUGGUGUUGAGUACUAUGAGAAAGAAAAAAUAGUCGGCGAGGAAUAUUAUCAACAAUGGAGCAAUGUGUUGAAGAAUCAUGUGUCACAGUGGUACGACUGGUCAUUUUAUCUAGCCUGGCUAGGUGUUGCCACGUGUCUAGCCACGAUGACACUCUUCCUUAUAGCAGCAUCGUGCUUAAGGAAAGAACGUGCCCGAGAGCAAGCCGCUAAUGUUCAAUACAUAAUGCCAGUUUACCCACAAAAACAGCAGUACGCUUAUGCCGGAUACCCAGCACCCGCAGCAUAUCCUGGCCCUUACUAUCACGGCUCGCAAUACGGGCCAUAUAAUUACUGAGGAGAAAACCUGAAUUCAAUGAGGAAGAAUUUUGCAAUAUUUACAACGAGGAGAAAUAAAAAUAACACGAAACGACCUCGGUGAUGAUGUCCCAGGGCAAACUUUCGUUAACGAAGAGGGAGACUCGAACUGACUAAACAAUACUAUUAAAAAACUACAAAUAAGUGUUCGGAGGGCUCCACGAUAACGAGUUAAAUCUACGACAAUUUUUUAUAUUCCUAUGUAUAUUUGUAAGAACGUGGAGUUUCUCGAUGUGUUAUUGAUAUUUAUAAUGCUCUGAGGGGAUAACUACGAGGGAUUGGUUCGUGUCUCCUUCACGUGACACUAAUUUCAAUCUCUUAUUGAUGGUUAAUUAAUUACCUGAUAAUUCUUACUGGAUUAUUCAUUAAUUAGUUAUCCUCGAUUCGACUCUCAUUGCUCAAAAGUAUGUAGUUUCAUUGCGCAAGUUGGCGAGAAAAUUUUCAUGCGUUAUGUAAUCCGUUAUUGUUUUCAUUUGACUAUUUACUAAAUUUUGAGGGAGGGAAUUAUAUUAGGGUGCCAGAGUUCCAACUACUCAUUAAUUCGGACGUCGCACCGGUUAGGUAAUGAUUAUUUUAACAUUAGGGUAGUUUGAUUUAUUUGUACUCAUUUUUUUAAUCAGUGAGGGAGAGACCUGGUAAAGUGAGAUGAAUCGAAUUUUAUUGUUUUGAUUUAUAUUGAUUUUAGGAAAAAUAUUCAAGAGAGCAUUUUUCGGAAUACAAUCGCCGACAGAAACAGUUCUUUAAUGCUUUCAAAUCGAUUUGAACUUUGAAUUCGAUUCCAUUUAUUUUACCAGAUUGCUAUUGGAAUUGAGUGAGUUGUUUUGUAUUCAUUGAAGUGGAUAAUAGAUAAAGACAUUGUGUAUAGAGAAGUUAUCUUGAGAAUAAAACGAAAAAUAUUGAAUUUCA